GAAUGUCGAAAUGUCACUGAUGGUGUCUAUGAGACAUGUCUGCCAAGUCUUGUAACUCCCCGAAGUGUCGUACCCGGACACGGUCAUACGAAACGCAUACGCUAUGCAAUUCUUGAGUGGAAUCCACUACUUGAUAGUAGCAACAUGGAAAUGGACGGUGCUCCCGCCGAGAUCAAGCUAAACUACACUUCUUUCGAUGCAUUUGUAGUAUUACAUGGCACCAAUACCAUGUCAUACACUUCCAGUGCACUCAGCUUCCUGCUCGAGGAUCUUGGUAAAACUGUUAUCCUCACCGGAGCUCAAAUACCUCUCUCACAACUUCGAAACGACGCUGUCGACAAUCUCCUUGGCGCACUGUCUAUUGCAGGCAACUAUAUCAUACCAGGUAAUGUAACAUUUCGAUCAUGCAGCUGUAGUUUAUUAUUUGUUCUGGAAUGCAGCUUGUAUUUUAAUCACACCUUGCACCACGGUAAUAAGGUACAAGCAUACAUUGACAUCUAA